CACAUAUUAUGUACGUGAACUCACCUAGCAAUCUGAGUGCAGAGCCCUAGCUAGUUCAUACAGUGUGCAGUGUAAUUAUUAUUCUACCAAGAACCACAGAACGUAAUUUUCCGCCAUGUUACCCCUGUCUUUGUUGAAGACUGCACAGAACCACCCAAUGUUGGUGGAGUUGAAGAAUGGAGAGACUUACAAUGGCCACUUGGUUAGCUGUGACAACUGGAUGAACAUAAACCUAAGAGAAGUCAUCUGCACGUCCAGGGAUGGUGACAAGUUUUGGAGGAUGCCAGAGUGCUACAUCCGGGGCAGCACCAUCAAGUACCUGCGUAUCCCAGACGAGAUCAUCGACAUGGUGAAGGAGGAGGUGGUGUCCAAGGGCCGCGGGCGCGGGGGCAUGCAGCAGAACAAGCAGCAGGGCAAGGGCCGAGGAGGCGGUGCAGGAAGAGGAGUGUUUGGUGGCCGUGGCAGGGGCAUGGGGCCUGGAGCAGGACGCGGGCAACAGCAGCAGGAGAAGAAGCCUGGCAAACCUCAGGGGGUGAAGAACCAGCACUGAGAGGAGACGGGUGCAGUCUACACCCCCACCACCACCACCACCCCUCACUACUGAUCAAUGUUCAAAUCCCUAAGAAAUCAGAACCAGCACUGAGAGGAGACGGGCGCAGUCCACACACCCCCCCCCCCGACGGGCGCAGUCUACACCCCCCCUGAGAGGAGACGGGCGCAGUCCACACCCCCCCAUCCCCCCGCUGCUGAUCAGUGUUCAAAUCCCUAAAAAAUCAGAGCCAGCAUUGUUUUUUUUGUUAACUGUUAUUCCUUUUUCUUUUUCUCCACAAAGAAUCUUGUGGACUUUUUCCCAUUUUGAGGGCACCUGUAGUGCGUCCGGACUGAAAUCCGUUCCGGAAAAUGCGUAGUUGAGCUGUGUUGACAUUGCAGGAUGCUUAAAGGCCUUUUCUCUUUUUUUAAGGGCUUUGACUAUUGAAUAGUUUUGUGUUUUUUUUUUUUUUUUUU